UAUACACUUUUAAAAUUUUCGUCAUGUAUAGAGUUUGUUGAUUUAUUUGUGUGAUAUUCACAUAUAACAUGCGGUUAUAUAACAAAUGUUUCUUAAGAAUCUAUGUAUCACCACACAUUUUUAAUAUUGCUUACACUCUACAAACACUAUCUUCAUUUUUCGAAAAGUUUCAUAUCCACCGUACUACCCUGUCCGUUUGACGUGUCUUAGCAUUUAACCCAAUUUGCCAGUAUUUCCCGAUCAUUUGUCAAAAAACCGAAUACUGGGAAUCUGUCAUCAUCGGUCCGCUGGAUCUUUUUUAUUUUAUUACUUCCCUGCUUUUGUACGUUGCGAUAAAAAAUUUCACCUUCUCUGCUGAAAAAAUAUUAAAGUGCCUUAUUAUUGGAAAAUAUGUGAAAUUCGCGCAUGAAAAUUAGUGCAAAUCGAAAAUAAAGCGAUAAAGUGUAUGAAUUAUAUAAAAUCUAAUGCUAAUAAUUGUUAUAUUUAAUUAAAAAUCUGUGAGAAAAAUGGGCGUUAAUCAAAUUGUGAAAAAAUAAAGAAAAAUAAAAUAUAAAAGUAGAGAAGCGUAGAAGAAGAUUACAGUAACAACUACAAUCACAGCAACAAUACCAACAAUAACAACAACAAAAUAAAAGCAACGGCAGCAGCAACAGCAACAGUAGACAGCAGUAAACGUCAGCGCUAGCGACAGUCUUUAGCAGUGUAGGCUCGCUUUGAAAGAGCACAAAGUGAAAGGCGAUAUUUUCUUUCUCCAAAGUGCAGCGUAGUGUAAAAAGGACACCUACAUAAAAGUGUAUUUUAAAAGUGACCCUUGUGACUUGAGAAAAUGGUGUGAUGGCGAAGAUGGCAUCUGGAGAUCUCUCUUUAACGAGUACGAGUAGCCAAGAAGAAGAAAGUCCCGAGUAUGUCGGUUAUGACCGUACGCUGCGUCCCACAUUGAAUUCGAGUGCCAACACAAAUGCGGCCAAUUUGGCCAACAAUAAUGGACAAAGCAGCGGUAACAGUAGCGGUGGUGGCAGCGGCGUUGUUAGUGGCAACACCGCUGGCGGUGGCGGCAAUGUAAACAACGCCAAUGUUUCGAAUGGCACACAAUACGAGGUGAUCAAAUCGUCGCCGUAUAGUCCGGCAUUCAUGGAAAUAAGUCAGAUGCGACAUCAGCGUGCCGAUGCAUUGUGUCGUUGUGAAGAGUUGCGCGAUCAGGUGGGCUAUUAUCAGGAGCAAUAUGUGAAUGCCAUGGCGCAAUUGGAGAGCAGUGAACGUAAUAAAUUUAUCGAUGUUAUGGCGGAGAAUGCGCGUCUCAAGCAGCAGAAUACAAAACUGGAGCGUCAGCUGAUACGUUUGGAAAAUGAGAAUGGCAAUAAGUCGGCUAAUGCAGCGGCGAAUGCGUACUAUUAUAGCGACGUGGCGGUGGGACGUGGUGCUGAUAAUGAAAAAUUGUUGCAGCAAAGUGAAAAGUUGCUGGAGGAGUUGGAUUUAUGUAAAGAGCACAACUCAGAAUUGGUGAAUGAACGCAAAUUAAUUAUUGCCGAACGUGAAAAGUAUAAAAAGAGUUUCAACUCAACAUUUGCCGAGUUGGACAAUGUGAAGAAGGAACGCAAUUUCUAUCGUGAAUCGCGUGAGCAUUUCAAUUUAAUGCGUGACACAAUGGAAAAGGAGAUACAAAAGUUGAAAUCACUACUCUCCGAGGAGUCCAAGAAAGUGCUACUCAUAACGGUCGAACGCAAUCGCAUCGAUGAGGAGCUCAAACAGCUGCUUUCCGAAAAGGACAAUGUAUUGCAUGAGCAUCAGAAAAUGUUCGACGACCUAUCGGCUGCCAAAAAAGAAAUUGAGAAUUACAAGAAGAAUGACUUAAUAUAUCAGGCGGAGAUCAAUGAGUUGCAUCAGGUCAAUGCCGAAUUGCAAAAGCGCGAUUUGCUCAAGUCCAAUUCGUGGUCAAAGGAAUUUUCCGAUAGCAAAGAUGAUUUUAAGGAGGUGGAAAAGUUGCGUAAAAGCCUCGAGAAAGCCAACUCGGAGGUGGAGCGCGCGCUGCAGGAUGCCGAACAGGCAAAGGGCGUACGCGAUUGGGCCAUUUCGCAGCGUGAGAAAAUCGUGCAGGAGCGCGAUUCGGUAAAAUCGCUCUGCGAUAAUUUGCGCAAAGAACGCGACAAGGCAAUCUCUGAUCUGCUCUCGGCCAUACGCGAUAGCGAGAAAAUAAAGAAGCAAAAGGAUGAAGCGCAAAAGAAAAUCGACGUAUUGAAAGAGCAAAUUGAAAAUCAGAAUAUUGAUAGCUCGUCGCGACGCAGCUUUCGCAUGAGCACCUACGAGGCCGAAGAUCUGCUCGAUAUUGAGUUGAACUAUCAUUCCGAUAGUGAUAUCGGCAUCAUUUUGGAUGACAGCAACAAUCGGCAAUUGGUGUGUGGCGUCACCAAUAGUUCGCCCGCUUUUGGCAAAUUGAAAAUGAAUGAUGUCAUCUGUAAGGUGAAUAAUCUAGAUUGUCAGACCAUGACAAAGCGCAUGGUGCUGGACGAAAUACGUAGUAGUGCGCCGCGUUGUAAGUUGUUGGUGUCGCGCACGCGCCACAGCAAACGACAUUUCUACACGGUGCAUUUGAAUAUGCAAAACAAUAUGAAUCAUGGUUUGAGUCUGGACACAGGCGUUUUUAUUUCGAAAAUCGAACCAAACUCGUUAGCUGCCUACGAGCCCGAAUUGGAUGUGGGCGAUCGUGUGUUGAGUAUUAAUAAUAAAUCAAUGGAAGGCAUACACUCCGUCGACGAUGUGAUGGGUUUGCUGAACGAUGAGCGCAACGACGCUAUUACCAUCUUCGCAUUAAAGAAUGUACAGGAUAUGGGUUAUGGCGAUGGACAGCGACGCAUGACCACCUCGUCGGCGCAAACCGAUUCCAUUGAUUCAAUGCAUCGCAUGACGAGCGCCAAACAUCCUUCGAAAUUUUCGGAAAUGUUAAGCAUCUUCAAGAAGAUACAUAUCUCGAAGCCGGGCACAGAUGUUGAUCACUUCACGCAAGAGCAUGAUGCGCUCGCCGAGUUGGAUUCGGUGUUAAGCGAAAAUUCGUCGGAGAAACCACGACGUGGUAAGCGCAGCAAAAAGGAAAAGGAAGCGGCUGCCAAGAGUAUGGGUACUUGGCCACGUGCUAAUAUACUCAAUGCCACGCAUGAGAAUCCCACAGGCACCAUAGUGCAGCAGCGCGAGAAAAAGCGACCACCACUUGCACUCUUCACAGCCGGUCCGAUAAAUGUCGACAAGGUGGAUGAGCGCGAGAUAUCCGAUGAGCAGCCGCCACCGUUGCCGCCGCAAGCUAAACCGCAAGCGCAUAUGCGUAACGGUAUAACCGGUGCAGGGCAAGCCAUCAAAACCAACCCGCAUCGCAAUUCCAAUCCCAUACCCGCCUCGGCGCUCUUCAGCCCCACACCCGGUACAUCGGCGAUGCCGAACGUGAACGGCGGCAAUGUUAAUAGCAAUAAUAUUUAUGCCAACUACAGACAUUCUGUGUAUGCGGAGCCACAAAUAGACAAUGUGGGUCUAUUGGGCGAACCGACAAAACUAUUAAAACGACCGGCGCCCAUAUUGGGUGCGAAUAUGCGUGUGAAAAUGCCACCCGUACCGGACAAGUAUGGCAAUCAGCGUGCGCACAACUAUCAAAAUCGCUACUCGCUCAACAUAACGCCGACGGAGUUCUACAAGACCAGCGGCCAACAGGCGCAGCAACAGGUCAUACAUAGCGGCACCGGUGCAGAGUUUCUGCCACGCAAACCGCACAUUUUCGAUAUGUUGAACAGCGGUAAUACGGGUAUGGGCGGUGUUGGCAUGCCUACAAGCGUUAACUCUAGCAAAUCACAGCCACAUCCGGCGCUCUUCACACCACUGAAUCUCCAUCCGCCGAGUUUUGCGCGCAGCUCCUCCACAACACAGCAGAAUUCAUUGGACAUGAUCUCGAUUAAGUCGCAAAACUCCAUCGAUUCCAUAUUGUCGGCGAAGAGUCCGCCUAACAGUGAAUGUGCGACAAUCAAUCAUUAUCAAAAGCGUGGCAUACCAAUGCCGCAAGCGGUAGCUAACAAGAAUGUCUCCAAGUAUCCAAGUGACAGCGAGAGUAUUGCCUCGGGCAUUAUGAGCGCCAGUGUUGGCGGUGGCGGCAUGCAUGUUGGCGGUGGUGCUGGUGCUGGUGUUGGUGGCGGUAUCGGCGUCAACAGCGUACUUUUCCAUUCGAAUAACAUGUCCGCGCCAAUGCACAAUCGCCACUCACAGCUCUUUCCGACAUUCACGCAAAAUUCCAUAAAUGCAAUGCGUCAAAUACGCCACUCUAGUCCGCUAACAUUGCCCUCCUCACCGCCACUACACACGCAUCCGCACUCACACGGACCGCAUUCGCACACGUCCACGCAGCAGUCACAACACGGCAGCGUAGAUACGGCAGCUAGUAGCGCGAUUGGCAUACCCACCAGCUCAGUGGACAAAUUCGAUAUGGACUUUAUGACGCCCGGUUUGCCAAUGCAUUCGCAAUACGUGCAAGAUUACCCGCUUUCGACGCACUAUCAUCAUCCACACAGCAGUGGCGGUAUGCCCGGUGGCGGUGCUGGCGGCAUCAUCUACGAAGGUGGCACAUUUCCACGCAAAAAGGAGCAUCAACGCUUGCGCAUACCAUCCAAUCCGAGUGUGGCGAGUAAGAAUAGUGCAGGCGUUAAGAACAGUUCCGGUUCAAUUGAUCAUCACUAUUGUGGCGUAAGCAUGUCCGGUCCGCCACCAUCGAUGCUAAUGCAUCAUUCAGCAAUUGCUGCGGUCGCAGCGAAUGGUGGCGGUAGCGGACGCGGUUCGCCGAUGCCGCAAGUGCAUGUCGAAGUGUUGAGUCAUGGCGGUAGUAAGCGUAAUUCGAAUGCGCCGUCGGAUUUUUUAUGCCCUGGAGACCUUAGAAGAGUCACGAUCGAGAAGAGCGACAAAUCGCUCGGCAUUACCAUACAAUGCAAUAACAAUGGUGGCGGCAUCUUUGUAUCGACUGUAGCCGAUAAGAGCAUAGCCACGCGUGCUGGUCUUCAGGUGGGCGAUCAACUCUUAGAAGUUUGCGGCAUAAAUAUGCGAUCGGCUACAAAUGACAUUGCGGCGAAUGUGUUACGUCAAUGCGGCAACUCGAUAACCAUGCUGGUGCAGUACAAUCCGGAAAAAUUUCACUCUGGCGAAUACGACGGCACCAAUAAUCUCGAGACUGAAUCUCCAGUUAAUCACUCUGGCUCGCCCACACCUCGCAAUUCACCACGACCACCGGUACGCACCAUGAUGUCCUCAUUACCACCUCUACCAAUCUCGGCACCUACCAACAAUCCCUUGGCACAACAGUCGAACAUAAUGCCACAAUCGAGUUCAUUGAUCUCAACACAAUCGAUCAAGGAUCAGAGUUUUGCCGAUAGUCUGGAAAAUCAAUCGGACAUAAGCAGCAGUCAGGAUUUGCCCUCCUCAGCGGCUACAACUACCACUACAGCCUCGACCACAUCGACUGUGUACGAGGAGGAGGCGCGCUAUGUCACCUUAUGCAUGGAUAAAUCGAAAAAUUUGGGCAUCAAACUAUUCGGUGGCAACAAGGUGGGCAUCUUCGUGCAUGAUGUACACCCUGGUUCACCGUCCGAUAUCGCUGGCAUACGCAAAGGUGAUCAGAUAUUGGAAUACAAUGGCGUAGACUUGCGUUGUGUAACGGCCGAGCAGGCGGCCAAUGAGAUAUCUAAGCUCACGGAUACUGUCACCUUGUUGGUGCAGAAUAAAUUGAAAAAAUUAAAGCAAAUUAAAGACAAGACAGGCGAUUCCUUUUAUAUACGCGUCGGUUUCGAUCGUACCGGCGAGCUGAAUGAUGGCGACUUGCGUUUCGUCAAGGAUGAGGUGCUCUAUGUGGACAAUACGGUUUUCAAUGGUACAUUCGGCUUGUGGCGUGCUUGGAAAUUGGAUGCAAAAGGUCACCGCAAGGAGUGCGGCAUUAUACCGAGUCAAAUGAAAGUGGAGGAAGAGCUGCGCGCUGGCGAAGUGGUCGACUGUGAGGGCGGCACAGCGCGACGUGGCAGCACAUCGGCGCGUCGUUCGUUUUUUCGUCGAAAAAAGCACCAGCGUAGCUCAUCGCGUGACUCCACCGAAAUUGCCAGUUUCAGCAACACACAGCUAAGCUUCUUUCCUGACUCGGGUAUAUUGAAUGAUGACGGUGGCAUAUUGAGCUAUCAGCGUGUUGAACGAUUGGAUUCACCUGUACGUCGGCCGGUGCUUAUAAUCGGUCCGCUAUCGGAGCGUGUUAUGGAACGUUUGACUAUUGAUUUUUCGAAUUUAUUCAAAAUGUGCGAAGUGACUACAAUGGAUUGCUCACAGAAUGCCAUGGAAGAGGGUUUACAGGAAAAUAUUUUCGUUGACUAUCGCCGUCGUGGCAAUAAAUUCGAGUGUACAACGGUGGAGAAUAUAAAUAAUGCAUGCAAGAAUGAUCGUCGUCACUGCAUCUUAGACAUAUCCCCCUCGGCUGUUGAACGUCUUCAGCGUCUACAAAUCUACCCGAUCGUUUUGCUCUUACGUUUUAAAUCGGCCAAACAAAUACGUGAAAUACGUGAUUUUGGCAUUGAUAAAAUAUCGGCCAAGGCCGCCAAGGAAAUGUACGAACGAGCAUUAAAACUCGAAGCCGACUACAAGCAGUACAUAUCAGCUGUUAUACCGGGCGUUAGCAUCAAGCAUAUGUGCACACAAAUCAAGGAUGCCGUGGACAAGGAGCUGGAUAAAUUGCUGUGGGUGCCUGUAAGCGCUUAAGCAUUGCUGGCGACAACGGAUUGUAAUAAAUAUGCACUGGCAUUAGGGUGUAUGGCAUUUAGGUGUUAAGUGUAAAACGCACAUUAUGUUUGUUUAAAGAAAGAAUUUCAAUUGAUAAUAUUUUUUUUUGCAAUUGUUAAGACAGCAGACAAUACAACUUUACUUAUUAUUUCCCUGUUUUAAGCUUACCUUUGUUGGCUAAAACAUAUAUUUUUUUUGUUUGGUAAGCUUAAAUUGCGCUUCUUGUUGAAAAUGCUUUUAAUUUUGCGCUUAUUAAAAUAAAAAAAAAUGUAUUGUUUAUAAUAUUUUAUUUAUAUUAAAAUUUUUUUUAUUAAUUUUUUUUUAUAUUUUUGUUAUGAAAUUUUUUUUUAAUUACUUUUAUAAUUUUUUAUUUGCUAAAAUUUUUAAAUUUUUUUUAAAUUGUUUUAAAUUUUUUUUUUAUAUUGUUUUAAAUUUUUUUAUAUUUUUUAAAUGUUUUUUUAUAUUUUUUUAAAUUAAAAAAAAAUUUUUUUAUAUUCUUAAAUUUUUUUAUAAAUUUUUAAAUUUUUUUUUACAUAUUUUUAAUAUUUUUUUAUAUAUUUAAAAAAUUUUUUUUUAUAUAUUUUUUAUUAUGUUUUUUAAAAUUAAUUUUUUUUCUUUUAUAUUUUUAUUUUAAUUUUUAUAUUAUAAUUUAUAUAAUUGUUUCCUUUUUGUUUAUUAUAUUUUUCAAACGCCAGUCUUUUUAUAGACGUUUUGUAUUACUUUUCCUGCUUUCCUGUUCUGUUUUGUCCUUUUAUCUAUAUCUGUAGAUAACUACUUUUGUAUUAACUAACCUUCUAAGAAGUAUUCACUUAGUAUGAUUUGCUUUUAGCUUUUAUUAGUUGUUAACUAUUAACUGUAAACUAUAUUUACUGUAAGCUACUUACUAUUGCUUUACACUGUAGAUUAACUAUGUUGCAACAACAACAAUGACAAAUAUUAUUUUUCAGAGAGUGUCCAAUAGUUUUUAAUUUAAACAUGUAAAUUUUUUUAGUAAUUCUUGUUUAUUUAAAUUUAUAAUUAAUUUGAAAUUGCAAAUUUUUAUUUUUAUUUGCAACUUUUUUGUUGCAUAUAUGAAAGAGAAAUGUAAAAAUUAUUUCACACUCGGUGUGCUAUAAAAUUACUUAAAUUUUGUAUUUUAUUAACUAAUUUUCGAAAUUCUUUUCUACUUCUCUAUUGUACAUUUUCUGUUGUUAUUUUUCCAAUUGAGCGCUUGUAAUACGCUUUAAACGCAAAGUAUUUCUUCUUUUAUUAUUAUUUUGUGUAUUCUAUAGCUGUAUUAUUAUUUUAUUUCAUUAAAUUUUUGUUUUGCUAAAAAAUUUAUAUUUCAAUAUUUAAUUAUGUGACGCAAAGAUUUUAAAAAAUGUAGUUACUAAGCACUAUAUUCGAAAUUGUAAAAUAUCAACAUACUUUUCGGUAUGUCUGUAGCUGAGUAAGCAACGAAAAUGUUAGUUUUAAAUUGUUAUAUUUCUACUACAAUUUGUUGUACUAAGAGAGCGUUUUGUGCAGGCCAAGCCUGUGUCAAAUUGCCUCAAUUAUUGUUUUCAAAUCGUUUUUUCUCUUUGCGCUUCAAAAUAUGCUAAUUUUACAGGGUUACAGGGUAAAACAAUAUUAUAAUGCAAUUUUUUUUAUAAACAUAUACUUUUAUUUACUUAUAAACAUGCAUUACAUAUUCAUUUAUACGUACAUAUCAUGUGUAAUAUAAAAAAGUGAAGAUAUUAUAUAUGUAUAUAUAAUACAUAUAAAAAACAAAUGUUGGUAUUUUGCUAAAUGAUAGUAAUUAUGUAUUUGCGACAAAUGCUUUUUUCUAGUUUUAACUUUAUAUUUCAAUUUUACAGUUUUAUUUAUAAUUUAAUCGAAAAAUUAUAUAUAUAUUUAGUUUACUAAAUUGUAAAUGUAUUAUAAACACAAUUAUAUGCAUAUAUUUAUUAUUUACAAACAUGUUAAUAUAACAAAAAAAUUAAACAGAAAUUAUGUUAAAAUCAAAAAAAAAAAAAAAAAAAAA